CCGGAAGCAACUUUAACAAGGUUGUCACAAGGACAGAGUCCAUGAGAUACUACAAAUCUCUGGAGCGGGCUAUGUCUGUUCCUUGUUCCGACACAUGAGUUAUCAACGGUCAAGCUGGUUAUGUUCUGCGGUAUCUCGCAAAUACGGGCCUACCUGUCUCCGCUAUUAUUCACAGAACACUAGGACGACCCCAAGAGCAAAGGCCCAGUCAAAAAUCGCACAUAUCGAUGCCCAAAGACAAUUCUCACCUGCACUCGUUGACUCGUUUCAUAGGAGACACGAUUAUCUUCGCAUCUCCCUGACAGAGAAAUGUAAUCUUCGAUGUUUUUAUUGCAUGCCUAGCGAGGGAGUAGAGCUAUCACCAGCCGACCAUAUCUUAACCGACGACGAAGUCAUCCGUUUGGCAGGUCUUUUUGUGAGAAGCGGCGUUACUAAAAUACGUUUGACUGGGGGAGAACCUACUGUACGGAAAGGCUUGGACGGCAUAAUUCGUCGCCUCAACGAGCUCCGCCCACUCGGUCUCCAGUCCAUCGGCAUGACCACCAAUGGAAUCGCCCUCCAUCGCCGUCUGCCCCUUUAUGUCGAAAAUGGCUUAACACACCUGAAUCUGAGCCUCGAUACCCUGGACCCCUUCAAGUUUGAGAUUAUGACUCGGCGUCCUGGUCACGAUGCAGUCCUUCGUUCACUCAGUGCUGCCCUCCACAGUCAAGGCUUGCGAUCAGUGAAAUUAAAUGUCGUCGUCGUUAAGGGCCUCAACGAUUCAGAAGUCCUGGAUUUUGUCAAAUUGACUGUGGACAAAAACAUAUCUGUUCGAUUUAUCGAAUUCAUGCCCUUCACAGGAAACAAGUGGGAUAAGGCAAAGAUGGUCCCUUCCAGCCAGCUUUUGGACAUUGUCUCGAGGGAGUACCCUUCUAUAACGCGAGCACCCGACGAACUCAACGACACCGCACGAUCCUGGAAGAUUCCGGGACAUGCUGGUAGUUUAGGCUUCAUCAGCAGCAUGUCAGAUCAUUUUUGCUCGUCGUGCAACCGCCUACGUUUGACAGCAGACGGGCAAAUUAAGGUCUGUCUCUUUGACGCCAAGGAAGUGUCUCUUAGAGAUGAAAUGCGACGUGGUGCCAGUGAUAGAGAACUCUUAAGCGUCAUUGGACGUGCUGUCCAAGGAAAACAGGAGAAGCACGCCGGAAUGGAGGACAUUGAUGUCAUAACCAACCGACCUAUGAUACUCAUCGGAGGCAUACAGCCUCGCAAGUCUAGGGUGCGAUCGUUGUCCCGAUCUUACCUUCUCGAUGGUACACUGUUGUUACCUCAUAUCCAUCGACGCUGGAGUUCGUCGUCCAGCCAAUCUAGCCUCCAUUUGACUCACAUUGGUUCUGAUGGUCGGCCAUGCAUGGUUGAUGUCGGUAGUAAGGACGUAACAAAGCGUAGUGCUACUGCCAGCGGUCGCAUAUACAUCCCAAGAUCUGCAUAUGACCUGGUCACAGAAUCGAGUAAUGUCGACUUCACGAACAAGACGAUCCAGAAGGCUCGCAGCAAGGGGGAUGUGAUGACAGUCGCCCAACUGGCAGCGAUCAUGGGGUGCAAGCGAACCUCCGACCUUAUCCCUCUGUGUCAUCCUCUCCAGAUAUCCAACGUAUCUGUCACAUUGACGCCUGAGCGUGGUGUGUGUCCAGCUUCACAGCCUGGUGAUGAAGGUGCCCUCGAGUAUAGCAUAAAGUGUACUGCUACCGUGGCAUGCGAAGGCAAAACCGGAGUGGAAAUGGAAGCACUGACGGCGGUAUCGAUCGGUCUCCUUACAGUUUGGGAUAUGCUGAAGGCUGUGGCGGGUAAAGAAAUGAAAAUUGGGGAAAUCAUAGUCGCGCAUAAAACAGGUGGUAAAAGUGGUGAUUUUACUCGAGGUCCAUAACCGUUAGUUUCAUCACCAGUGCACAUGUAUUCCUCGACAUAUAUCCUCGAUUGCAUCCUCAUGUUUGGCAACUUUUAAUCUUUUAAUUCUCGCGUGCCAGGACGCAAACUUCAGGCCCACGCUCCUGCUCCAUCCCUUACCGUCAUGUCAUCAUCCGCAUACCCGCAAAAUGUAAAUUAGUCUGGCUUGAAAUAGUAGUGCUCUCCAUGUUCAAUUCUUCUCUUUCAUGUGCUUUCUUCUUGCUCGUCAUCAACUCAACAUUUGUGAUGAAACUCAUCUUCAAAGAGUCCACAGUAGAAUC